ACACAGCUAAAUUGUGGAGGUACACACUUUAAGAUAUCGUGUAAAUUAUAAAAGUUUACAAAAAUACGAUACGCUGAUACGGUAUAUGUGCAAUACAAAUAUAAAGAAUUUCUACAUUAUCACAAACAUUCUAAAUAAGCCUCCUGUCUCGUUAUGAAGAACUUGACGCUAGUGUUGGUGUUUGCGGCAGCCAUAUGUUCUUGUUGGAGCGCAAAGACAACUAUAGGGAACAAUCGCUCUAAGAGGAAUCUUCUUAACUUUGGUGUGAUGAUAUUUACUGCCACAGGGAGAAGUCCUUUGGAUUUUAAUGGUUACGGAUGCUACUGUGGCUUUGGUGGUAAAGGUACACCGCUUGAUGGUAUUGAUAGAUGUUGUCAAAUGCAUGAUACUUGUUACUCAGAUUUAAAAAAGAAAGGGCAUUGCAAGUCUUUGGAAGUGUACCUACUGUCCUACAAAACCACAUUGCCAUUGACCUGUGCAAAAAACAACUCCAAAUGUCGUGAUGGCCUCUGUGAAUGUGACGUUAGCGCAGCAUUGUGUUUUAAAACACAGACAUUUCAGGAAAAAUACAGGAAAUAUGACAGAUCCAAGUGCGAAAAUGAAGUAAAAAUUUAAAAGCGAAGUCGAUUCAAUUCACUUGAGACGAGUUAAUCUUUUUGCGUAUCGAUGUUGUUACAUUGCGUAUAAAUGUAAAAUUAUAUUUUUCUUAAUGAAAA